GCCCCCGGCGGCGCGGAGAGCAGAGCCAAGAUGGCGGCCGAGCUGGAGUACGAGUCUGUUCUGUGUGUGAAACCCGACGUCAGCGUCUACCGGAUUCCGCCCCGGGCUUCCAACCGCGGUUACAGGGCAUCUGACUGGAAAUUAGACCAGCCAGAUUGGACUGGGCGCCUCCGAAUCACUUCAAAAGGGAAGAUUGCCUAUAUCAAACUCGAAGAUAAAGUUUCAGGUGAACUCUUUGCUCAGGCACCAGUAGAGCAGUAUCCUGGUAUUGCUGUGGAGACAGUGACAGAUUCCAGUCGUUACUUUGUAAUUCGGAUCCAGGAUGGUACUGGACGUAGUGCUUUCAUUGGCAUUGGCUUCACAGAUAGGGGUGAUGCCUUCGACUUUAAUGUCUCCUUGCAAGAUCACUUCAAGUGGGUAAAGCAAGAAUCUGAGAUUUCCAAAGAAUCUCAGGAAAUGGACACUCGUCCCAAGUUGGAUCUGGGCUUCAAGGAAGGACAGACCAUCAAGUUGAGUAUUGGGAACAUCACAACCAAGAAAGGAGGUGCUUCUAAGCCCAAGACUGGAGGGACUGGGGGCCUAAGCUUACUCCCACCCCCACCUGGAGGCAAAAUCACUAUUCCCCCUCCAUCCUCCUCGGUUGCCAUCAGCAAUCACGUUACUCCACCACCCAUUCCAAAAUCUAAUCAUGGAGGUAGUGAUGCAGAUAUCCUUUUAGAUUUGGAUUCUCCUGCUCCUGUCACCACACCAGCAUCAGCUCCAGUUUCUGCAAGCAAUGACUUGUGGGGAGAUUUUAGCACUGCAUCCAGCUCUGUUCCAAAUCAGGCACCACAGCCAUCUAACUGGGUCCAGUUCUGAAUAGCAUUGGCAGGACAUUAAGGACAGACUUGAAGAAUGAAAAUGACCUUGAGGGCACCAAUCUGUGAGGGAAGUUAGGAAUCCCUUCUCUCCCCAGAACCAAAACCACUGGACAAUCUUUUUCAUAGUUUCUUCAUUGCAUUCAAGCGGAUUUAUGUCACUCCCCUAUGUUGUUACUUGCUGUACAGCCAAAAAAAAAAAAAAUAUCUCUUAUUUCCCCUUCACUGUCAAGGCAGGGGAAUAGUGGGUCUUUAUCAUACUUGUGGCUGACUGUGCAGGGCUUAAAAGGCCAGGGUCUCUGUGUGGGGAAAAUGACCUCUAACAUCUGUGGAAUUUUUUUUCCAUCUUUUAAAUUCUUUAACAUAUUUCAGAAUCAUCUCACGACCCUUGUGUGCCUCUUUGGGAAGCUCUUUUUAGCAAUUUCAGGGGAGACAAAAACUUUGAAACUUUCUUUUUCGCUAACCCAAGACUCUGAAAAUGGACAGACUGACCUCAGUGUUUACAAAUUCAGAAUUUUGAUAGGGAUAAGAAUAAAGAAAGACCUGUUUCUUGGGUCUCUGCUCUAUCUCCUUUUUAGGGCUUAUCCUAUUGAGUGAAUAUUCAGUGCUGGGUGCAGCUCCAUUACCCUCUCAUGUGUUUACAUGUCUCUUCCUAUGAUAAGAGGGUUGUGUUGGUGGCACCUCCACUAUUCUCGUUUGUUGAAUAGUGCAACGUCUUUGAUCAGUGGGUGUCUCUUGGAUGAAGGAGGUUCAAGGAGCUGUGUUUUCCAAGUUAUAUUCUAGACAAGUGUUUACAGUAAGUCCUCACUUAAUGUCGAUAGGUUUUGCAACUUUAAGCUACACGACUUAUGACAAAACCAGUUUUAUCAUAGGCUGAUUGAUACAAAUAAGAGUUAAGUUCCUCAACAGUAUAACAAAAUGGCAUUAUUGGAGGACCUGCUGUACUUUUUUGCAGCUCCUUCUAAUUGCUGCAUUUGAAGCAGAGCGUUACUUUGGAUUUGUCCCAUUAUUUGACCUAAAGUUGAGGGUUUAGAGUUUUUAACCUGCUUUGUAGGCAGAGAGGUUGAAAGCACUUAACUCUUAUUCCAUACCCACAUUGCCUUGCUGCCUGGGUAUCUGGCCCCUUUCCAUAAACAUUUAUUUUUCAGUCCAUCUAAUUCUUCAAUAGAAAAGCUGCUAUUACAUGUAUCCUCAUUUAGAAGGGAGCUAGAGAGUCACAGUUUGAGCUGUGAUAGGUUUUGCCCAGGUGACAGCUUUGAUACCCUUCACCCCGGGUAUCAAAAGCUAGUUGCUCUCCCACCACUUUCCUUUCCCUCUGCCCCACCAUUCCUUUUACAAUGCUGUGAAGAGAGUUCCCUUUCUUAGAUGAUCGGGCACUAUCUAUAUUGUUUGUUAUUGAGUAAUCUGGAGGAUGAAAUGGGAGGAUAUCAUUUCUUCCCCUAGCACCUGUUUGGAUGUGUUCAGUCUGGCUAAAGGGAGUCUUAAUAUUCAGUUUCAAAAUACACUCUCUCUCCUGGAUUUCCUUCUUGACUCUUUUUAACUUUGGGUCCAUUUUUUUUCAUUGCCUCCCCUUCCAGGCAGCUCUAUUCUUACAGAGCCAUGGCAGGGCAUUUUAAAAUUUCAAUAGAAAACACUAAAAGGAGAAUCUCCAGAACACUAGUGACUAAACUAUUGGGAACCUAUUUUCUCAACCUUCCUUCAUGUUGUGUUCUUUGUAUUCUUCAGAUGAUAAUAUAUUAUGUAUUUGAAUUGCCGAAAAAUUGAUAAUGAAGUUUAAGAUAUAUGUAUAUAAAGCGUAUACUGUAUUGGUGCAAUAAUGGUAAUUAAAAAUAUGGAAAAAGUA